GGCGUAUUUGUGCUUCCGUUGUAAUCGCAUCUACUAGCUAGACAUUAGCCAACCUGUGAAAAUGGAGUCCUACAUGAAUGGAGCCAAAUUUGAUUGCUUGCUAUUCGACAUGGAUGAUACCCUCUACCCACUGAGCUUAGGAAUCAACCUUGCCUGCCGGCAGAACAUAAUAGAUUACAUGCUGAACAAGCUAAAGAUUGAAGAGAGCCUGGUCCCCAAGAUGUGCCUAGAUUUGUACAGGGAAUACGGAACUACAAUGGCCGGUCUGAAGCUUUUGGGCUACGAUUUCGACUGCGAUGAAUUCCACGCUUGCGUGCACGGUGCAUUGCCAUACGAGAAGCUCAAGCCUGACCCUGUCCUGAGGAACCUGCUGCUCUCACUGCCCCAGAGGAAAAUAAUAUUCACCAACUCUGAUGAAGCUCACGCGGUAACCGUCCUGGAGAAGAUGGGGCUGGAGGGGUGCUUCGAGGGAAUCAUAUGCUUCGAGACCCUGAACCAGCCAUCACAUGACUCAACUUCUGGCAAGAGGAUCCUCUGCAAGCCGUCUCUGGAGUCCAUGGAGGCCGUCGUUGAGAUCGCCAAACUCGACCCCAAGAAGACAGUGUUCUUCGACGACAGCCCACGGAACAUUGCCUCAGGAAAAGCUGCAGGAUUCCACACCGUCAUCGUAGGGAGCUCGGUGCUGGUUCAGGGGGCGGACGUGGCGCUGGAGAGCAUCCACAACAUCAGGGAGGCGCUGCCGGAGCUGUGCGAGGCGGCUGGCGAUCACGUCGAGGCAGCCGUCGACCUCCGGUCCGCCGUCGUCGCAGAGACCACUGUGCUAGCUUGAGCCGUCGGCGCUGCCGGCGACAUAAUAUGUUUCGUCCACCUUGAAUAUAUUAACAGAAAAAGGGGGAGGCGAGCAUCCAAAUCCAGAAAAUAACCACUACGUGCGUGUCGUGGGUGUACUGGGUCAUGAUCCAGGAUGAUGAAUGUUUACGUGUUAA